AUGGAGUUUUAUGAGUCUACCUACUUCAUCAUCCUCAUUCCUUCUGUGGUUAUCACCGUCAUCUUCCUCUUCUUCUGGCUUUUCAUGAAAGAAACUUUAUACGAUGAAGUCCUCGCAAAACAGAAAAGGGACCUAAAGUUUCCACCUACCAAGGCUGAUAAAAAGAAAAUGGAGAAGAAGAAGAACAAGAAGAAAGAAGCUCAGAAUGGGAACAUCCACGAGUCUGACUCUGAAAGUGCACCUCGGGACUUCAAGCUGGCUGAUGCCCUGAGCACAGAUGAAGAGCACGUCGCUCCCGUUCCCGCGAGCGUGACCGAAGCAUCCUCUGGGGUGAGAGAAAGGAAGAAGAAGGAGAAGAAGCACAAGGCCGUUCAAGAUGAUCACGUAACUAAGGAGUCGGAAGGAUCCAAGUCUUCAGGCAAGAAAGUAGAACCAGUCCCUGUUACAAAACAGCCCACUCCACCAGCUGAAUCGGCAGCAGCUAAGAAGAAGCCUGGGCAGAAGAAGCAGAAAAAUGGAAUGGAUGAUCAAGAUACUAAGACUGAUUCUGUUGUACCUCCUGCCAAAAAGCAAGACCCAGUGCUGCUCCACCAAGAGAUAAAGCAAGAAAAUGUGUCAGGAAAGAAGAAACUCUCUGCAAAGAAGCAGAAAGUUGAUAAUGUUUUGGUGGAUGAACCUCUUAUUCAACCAACUACUUAUAUUCCUUUGAUGGAUAAUUCUGAUGUUGGCACUUUGGGAAAGCGAGAAGCAGUCGAAGUUACAAAACAAAAUGUGAAUGAGGGGAUCCAGAAGAGCAGUGGCAAGAAACUGAAGAAUGAAACAGAUAAAGAGAAUGCUGAAGUAAAAUUUAAAGACUUUGUCAUGGGCCUGAAGAACAUGAUCUUCACUGAAGAUGAGGCCCGUUGUGUAGUGGAGGUGUUGAAGGAGAAAUCCAGUGCAGUUCAUGAUGUCUUGCAAAAGGCCUGCAAGGCUGAGUCGGCUGCAGCUGCACAUCAGCUACAAGACAAAGAGAAGAUGCUCGCUGCCAUGAAGGAGGAGGCAGCCCUUGCAAAGGAGCAGUGCAAGCAGCUCACCCAGGAGCUGGUUGCAGAAAAGGAGGUGAAUGGUUUGCUCACAGCAAAAAUGCGAGAGCGCAUCAACACCCUGGAGAAGGAGCACAGCACCUUCCAGAGCAAAAUACAUGUUAGCUACCAAGAAUCUCAGCAGAUGAAGAUAAAGUUCCAGCAACUUCGUGAACAGAUGGAGGCAGAAAUAAGCCACCUGAAGCAGGAAAACGGUAUCCUGAGAGAUGCUGUCAGUACUUCUACCAAUCAAAUGGAGAGCAAGCAGUCUGCGGAGCUGAACAAGCUGCGCCAGGAUUAUGCUCGGCUGGUGAACGAGCUGGGGGAGAAGAGCAGCAAGCUGCAGCAGGAGGAGCUCCAGAAGAAGAACGCAGAGCAGGCAGUUGCUCAGCUAAAGGUCCAGCAGCAGGAAGCAGAGAGAAGAUGGGAAGAAAUCCAGGCUUAUCUCAGGAAAAGGACAGCGGAACACGAAGCAGCCCAACAAGAUGUGCAGAAUAAGCUUGUGGCCAAAGACAAUGAAAUCCAGAGCUUGCACAGUAAACUGACUGAUACAAUGGUGUCAAAACAGCAGCUGGAGCAGAGGAUGUUGCAGUUGAUGGAGGCUGAGCAAAAGAGAGCUUCUGCGGAGGACUCCAUGCAGAUGCAGGUGCAGGAGCUGAUAGAGCAGAAUGAUGCUUUGAAUACUCAGCUUCAGAAGUUUCAUUCACAAAUGGCAGCCCAGACCUCAGCUUCAGUCCUGGCAGAAGAACUACACAAAGUGAUUGCAGAAAAGGACAAACAGAUAAAGCAGAUGGAGGACUCAUUAGGCAAUGAACGUGCCAACUUAACCAGCAAGGAGGAAGAGCUAAAGGUCUUACAGAAUAUGAACCUAUCCCUGAAAUCAGAAGUACAGAAAUUACAGGCUCUGACAAAUGAACAGGCUGCUGCUGCACAUGAGCUGGAAAGGAUGCAGAAAAGCAUUCACAUCAAGGAUGACAAAAUAAGAACUCUUGAAGAUCAGCUCCGAGAAGAACUUGCUCAGAUUUCAAACACAAAAGAAGAAUUCAAGGUUCUCAAGGAUCAAAACGCAGCUCUGCAGGCUGAAGUUCAGAAGCUGCAGACUCUCCUGUCUGAGCAGGCCAACAAAGACACAUUAGAGCAGAUGGAAAGAAGCAUGAGAGAGAAGGAUGAUAAAAUCAAGACAGUUGAAGAGCUGCUUGAGGCAGGACUCAUACAGAUGGCUAAUAAAGAGGAGGAGCUGAAGGCAAUGCGAACAGAAAAUUCAUCCUUGAGAAAAGAACUUCAAAGUCUGCAAAUUCAGCAAUCAGAGCAGGUUUCCUUCCAAUCUCUGGUGGAAGAACUCCAGAAAGUAAUCCAUGAGAAGGAUGGAAAAAUAAAAUCAGUGGAAGAACUCCUACAAGGUGAAAUCCUUAAAGUAGCCAGCAAGGAGAAGACUGUUCAGGCUUUGACACAGGAAAUAGAGGCUCUGAAAGAAGAAGUAGGAAAUUCCCAGCUUGAGAUGGAAAAACAGGUGUCGAUGACAUCACAAGUCAAAGAACUUCAGACUCUGUUGAAGGGGAAGGAAAAGCAGGUGAAAACCAUGGAGGCCUUAUUGGAAGAGAAGGAGAAAGAGAUUGUUAAGAAAGGAGAGUGGCUGCAGGUGCCUGCUGCAUCCCAAGUCCAGGAUCUGGAGAACCUGUUGAAAGGGGAAGAAGAACAAAUGAAGAAGUUGAAAGCUGUAGUGGAAGAAAAAGAGAGAGAAAUUGCAAGCCAAGUAAAACAGUUGCAGGAUGUGCAAAAAGAAAAUGAAUCCUUUAAAAUUCAAAUUCAAGAAUUAAAGGAGGAGAACUGCAAACAGAAGGAAAUUGCCAGUCUCCAAAAUGAGCUCGCCUCUCAGAGAAAUGCUUUUGAGCAACAGAGGAAAAAGAACAACGACCUUCGGGAGAAAAACUGGGAAGCAAUGGAAGCAUUGGCAUCAACUGAAAAAUUGCUGCAGGACAAAGUGAACAAGACUGCCAAGGAGAAGCAGCAGCAUUUGGAAGCUGCCGAGGUGGAGACACGCCAACUACUCCAGAAGCUGUUCCCUAAAGUCUCUCUUCCUUCUAACGUGAGCCACAGUGAAUGGAUAUGUGGGUUUGAAAAGAUGGCUAAAGAAUACUUGAGAGAGGCUUCAGGAUCUGAGGAUGUCAAGGCCAUGGAGCAGAAGCUGAAGGAGGCUGAGGAGAUGCACGUCCUGCUGCAGCUGGAGUGUGAGAAGUACAAGUCGGUCCUGGCAGAGACGGAGGGGAUUUUACAAAGGCUACAGAGGAGCGUGGAAGAGGAAGAAAGCAAAUGGAAGAUAAAAGUUGAAGAAUCACAGAAGGAACUCAAACAGAUGCGUUCUUCAGUCGUUUCUUUGGAGCAUGAGCUAGAGAGGUUAAAGGAGGAAAUCAAAGAAGUUGAAACUCUUAAAAAAGAGAGAGAACAUUUGGAAAGUGAACUAGAAAAGGCAGAAAUAGAACGAUCUACUUAUGUUUCAGAAGUCAGAGAGCUGAAAGAUCUGUUGACUGAAUUGCAGAAAAAGCUUGAUGAUUCAUAUUCUGAAGCAGUAAGACAGAAUGAAGAGUUAAAUUUGCUGAAAACGCAGCUAAAUGAAACACUAUCAAAACUCAAAGUUGAUCAGAAGGAGAGAGAGAAGGUAGCUGGUGACUUGCCCAAGGCCCAGGAGUCUUUGGCAUCUCUCGAGAGAGAAAUUGGGAAAGUUGUUGGAGAUGCCAAUGUUAUUGAAAACAGCGACGUUUGCACAGAGUCGGAAUUGACUGAUAAAAGACUAAAUGUGGCAGUGAAUCUUAACCAGGAUGUAGGUCAUCUCAAGAAGCUGCUCGUGUCAGUAAGCCAAAUGCUGUCAAAGGGACGAGAACACUACCAGCUAGUAGAAUGAAGUCACGGGGGAAUCGUUAAUUUGAGGAUAGCAGAAGGCAUUGUAUUAUAUUUUGCCAAAUUAAAGCCUUAUUUAUGUUUUCACCCUUUCUACUUCGUCAGAAACACUGAACAGAGUUUUGUCUUUUCUAAUCCUUGUUAGACUACUGAUUUAAAGAAAAAAAAAAAAAACAAAACAAAACAAAACAAACAACUCUGUAGGCACCUCCAGAGUUUAGUUUUAUAAUGAAGCCAAACCUGUUUGGGUAAUUAGACCUUUACAUUCCUGGAGAGAGAGUAAACACCUAAUCUUUUAUUUUGCUCAAUAAAACUUGUUCAGAAAACUCCAACAUGGUAAAGUCACCAAUGGGAUAUAACAUUUUAAUACUGAUGUUGUACACGGUUUUACUUAAUUACAUUUUGGGAUUAGCUGCCUCUGACUUCAACCUCAAGUAAACACUCCUUUUUUUUUUUUUUUUUUUUGGUUGCUAAUGUAAUCAGUUUUUGUAAUGGUGUCAGCAAAUAAAGGGAUGCUAUUA